UUUUUUCCCCAGUCAGUUACUUUGAAUCUAAAGAGACAAAUCACGAGAGAAUAUUGCGAUACUUUUGGCAUACAUGGUAAUGACUUUGAACGGCGCAAGGAGGAGCUUCAUUUCAAAAUCUGAUGGCAGAAGGGCAGCUCUGCUCUUCACAUUAUGCAUAUGGGGGAGUAUUUUUGGAGGCUCAUAUGCACAUUUUAGACCUAAGCCCAACUGUCCAAACUCAAACUCACAAUCUAGACCCAAUGGUGGACACUCAAGACAUUGUCCAAAUUCUGGUUCAACGGAUAAACCUACUGAACCAACCACAUUGCAGGUUCAAACCCAAACAAUUAAACCAGCAUAUCCCCAAACAACAGCUGAACAUUCCAUAACUACUAUGAAAUCAGCAAUCACGGAUCCUUCCAUAGCAAGUCCAGUUGUAUCACUUCCAACAGCAGCUACAGCUCCAAUCACAACACCAUAUGAAACAAAAAAAGCUUCCAUUACCAAAGCGUCUAAUCCAACCUCAGGUAAAGCUAAAGAUACUUUAGUCAAUACUAUGACCACCACCACCACAUCAUCACCAAUAGUGCAAGUCACAAACUCUACAUCACAACAUGAAUCUAAAUCAAAAGUCACUCAUCAUUCUACAACAAUGACGGUCACCCCCGAAAGCUCAACUAACCAUCCAACUUCACAUAAAGGCAUAAAUCCAAACCCACCGGUCACACCUCAACAUAAGAAAUCUACAACUACAAGACCAGAAGCUUCUACAAUCAUAACAAUAAACUCCAACACUGUGCAAAAAUCAUCAGUACCUACAUCAACUGUGACCGCCAAAACCACACUGAAAUCCUUAGAAACAACAAAUACACACUCAGCAAUCACCACUGCUCCAUCUCCUAAAAUAACAAAUGUCGAUUCGACAGUGACAUCUGUGACACCAACACACAUGUCCACAUCUUCAGCAACUACAUCUACACCUCUGACUACUGCUCCAAGCUCAAUUCCAUCUGCAAAAAUAACCACUAAAGAUUCUACAACAGUGACUGUCUCCCUCGAAACCUCAACUAACCAUCCAACCUCAAAUAAAGGCAUGAAUCCAAACCGACCGGUCACACCUCAACAUAAGAAAUCUACAACUACAAGACCAGAAGCUUCUACAGUCAUAACAAUGAACUCCAACACUGUGCAAAAAUCAUCAGUACCUACAUCAACUGUGACCCCCAAAACCACACUGAAAUCCUUAGAAACCACAAAUACACACUCAGCAAUCACCACUGCUUCAUCUCCUAAAGUAACCAAUGGCUAUUCAACAGUGCCAUCUGUGACACCAAAACACAUGUCCACAUCUUCAGCAACUCCAUCUACACCUCUGACUACUGCUCCAAGCUCAAUUCCAUCUGCAAAAAUAACCACUAAAGAUUCUACAACAAUGACUGUCACCCCUGAAAACUCAACUAGCCAUCCAACCUCACAUACAGGCACAAAUCCAAACACAUCAGCCACACCUACAUCUCCAAGAAAUCUACAACUACAAGACCAGAAGCUUCUACAGAGAUAACAAUGCACUCCAACACUGCGCAAAAAUCAUCAGUACCUACAUCAACUGUGAACCCAACAACCACGCUGAAAUCCUCAGAAACCACAAAUACACACUCAGCAAUCACCACUGCUCCAUCUCAUAAAGUAACAAAUGUCGAUUUAACAGUGACAUCUGUGACACCAACACACAUGUCCACAUCUUCAGCAACUACAUCUACACCUCUGACUACUGCUCCAAGCUCAAUUCCAUCUGCAAAAAUAACCACUAAAGAUUCUACAACAAUGACUGUCACCCCUGAAAACUCAACUAGCCAUCCAACCUCACAUAAAGGCAUGAAUCCAAACCCACCGGUCACACCUCAACAUAAGAAAUCUACAACUACAAGACCAGAAGCUUCUACAGUCAUAACAAUAAACUCCAACACUGUGCAAAAAUCAUCAGUACCUACAUCAACUGUGACCCCCAAAACCACACAGAAAUCAUUAGAAACCACAAAUAAACACUCAGCAAUCACCACUGCUCCAUCUCCUAAAGUAACCAAUGGCUAUUCAACAGUGCCAUCUGUGACACCAACACACAUGUCCACAUCUUCAGCAACUACAUCUACACCUCUGACUACUGCUCC